CGGGCGCUUUCUCAGGUUUCUGCUGAUCUUGCAGCGCCCAGAAAUGGACCGAGCGGACCCGAGCCGCACGCACCCUGCCCCACUCGGAGCUCCGAACGGCUUCCGGCGCGCCGCGUAGCCUCGCCGAGGUCCGCGCGGGGUGCGGGAAGCCGAGGGGACCUGCGAGGCGCGGAGAUCCAGGCCCUUGCUCGCUCGCCUCCUUCGGGAUCGAAUCAAGGGCUCCCACGGUGUUGGGAGGGGGCGAGAGCGCUCCGCAUCGUCAUUCGCUUCAGAGCUCGGGAGAGGGUGGCAUUUCGCUUUUCCGCCCCGCAGCCUCCGGAAUUGCCCGCACCCGAGAGCGAGAGCGGCGUCUCCAGGUUGCCGGCCACGGGCGAGGAUGGGGGUCGGGAACGGACAUUUCCGCCGUCGCUGCCCAGUUAAGCGAGUGGCCAACUGAAGGAGAGCAGGACGAGGUGCGAGGGCGGCGCGGUGGCCCCGGCGCCCCUCGGAUGCUGUGGCGGCCGCGGCUCGCGCCCGGGUACCGCAAAGGCGACCUGCCGCAUUCCCGCUCGGGCUCUCCGCCGACUCAGCACCGCCCCUGCGCCAAGCCGGCCGGCCAGCGUCCAUCGAUUGCCCCGGUGGGAGCUUAGAAGGCGGCAGGCGAAGAGGGCUAGCAGGGGGGAGAGCCGAGGAGAAGCAGAGGGGGUGGCAGGCGAGGGCAUCUGCCGAGCUGGCUCUGCCCCGGGUCCUAGGAGGGCUCGCGGAGGGGAAGGGAGGCCCCCAAGCGGUGGCCCGGUCCGCUAGAACGGCGCUGCGUUAAGGCACCUCGGAGCAGGAAGAAACACCAACCUUCUUCCCAUCGCCACCCCCAAUCCCCCCUCCCCCAACACACACCAGUCCCCACCCCGCCCCGGCGAAAAGCUGCACCCGGGGCGGCAGGCGAGGGGGACUCCAAACGGAGAAACAGGCGGGGGGGGUGGAGACGGUCUCCAAGUGGCAGAUCCCUCCACCUGCUGGCUCGGAAGCCCCGCCCCCUGAGCGCGGGGGAGCCGCUUACGCAGGUGGGGGGGGCGCGCGGGUCCCCCCCCACCCAGACUCCCUCGCCCCUCCCCGCCCCGGGCCCGCCCCGGGUCUCCCGCCGCUGCCCCCUGCCUCCACCAUGACGGUGAUGUCGGGAGAGAACGUGGACGAGGCUUCGGCCGCCCCGGGCCACCCGCAGGACGGCAGCUACCCGCGGGCGGCCGAGCACGACGACCACGAGUGCUGCGAGCGCGUGGUCAUCAACAUCUCCGGGCUGCGCUUCGAGACGCAGCUCAAGACGCUGGCGCAGUUCCCCAACACGCUGCUGGGCAACCCUAAGAAACGCAUGCGCUACUUCGACCCGCUGAGGAACGAGUACUUCUUCGACCGCAACCGGCCCAGCUUCGACGCCAUCCUCUACUACUACCAGUCGGGGGGCCGGCUGCGGAGGCCGGUCAACGUGCCGCUGGACAUGUUCUCCGAAGAGAUCAAGUUUUACGAGCUGGGCGAGGAGGCCAUGGAGAAGUUCCGGGAGGACGAGGGCUUCAUCAAGGAGGAGGAGCGCCCCCUGCCGGAGAAGGAGUACCAGCGCCAGGUGUGGCUGCUCUUCGAGUACCCCGAGAGCUCGGGGCCCGCCCGGGUCAUCGCCAUCGUCUCCGUCAUGGUCAUCCUCAUCUCCAUCGUCAUCUUUUGCCUGGAGACGCUGCCCGAGUUGAAGGAUGACAAGGACUUCAUGGGCACCGUCCACCGCCUCGACAACACCACGCUGGUCUACAAGGCCAACAUCUUCACGGACCCUUUCUUCAUCGUGGAAACCCUGUGCAUCAUCUGGUUCUCCUUCGAGCUGGUGGUGCGCUUCUUCGCCUGCCCCAGCAAGACGGACUUCUUCAAAAACAUCAUGAACUUCAUCGACAUCGUGGCCAUCAUCCCCUAUUUCAUCACCCUGGGCACCGAGAUAGCUGAGCAGGAGGGGAACCAGAAGGGCGAGCAGGCCACGUCGCUGGCCAUCCUCAGGGUCAUCCGGUUGGUAAGGGUUUUUAGAAUCUUCAAACUCUCCCGCCACUCUAAGGGCCUCCAGAUCCUGGGCCAGACCCUCAAAGCCAGUAUGAGAGAGCUAGGGCUGCUCAUCUUUUUCCUCUUCAUCGGGGUCAUACUGUUUUCUAGCGCAGUGUACUUUGCCGAGGCGGAAGAAGCUGAGUCGCACUUUUCCAGUAUCCCCGAUGCUUUCUGGUGGGCGGUGGUGUCCAUGACCACCGUAGGAUACGGUGACAUGUACCCUGUGACAAUUGGAGGCAAGAUCGUGGGCUCCUUGUGUGCCAUCGCCGGUGUGCUGACAAUUGCCCUGCCCGUACCUGUCAUUGUGUCCAAUUUCAACUAUUUCUACCACCGAGAAACCGAGGGGGAAGAGCAGGCUCAGUUGCUCCACGUCAGCGCCCCUAAUUUAGCCUCUGACAGUGACCUCAGUCGGCGCAGCUCCUCCACCAUCAGCAAAUCUGAGUACAUGGAGAUCGAAGAGGAUAUGAAUAAUAGCAUAGCCCACUUUAGACAGGCCAAUGUCAGAACUGGCAAUUGCACCGCAGCUAACCAAAACUGCGUGAAUAAGAGCAAGCUACUGACUGAUGUUUAAAAAGCCAAGCAGAGAAACUAAAAAGCCCCCCACUUAGCAGCUUGAAAGACUUAAAACACCAAACCAAACCAAACCCCCAGUGACCCAGGUCACUCCUUGUAGAUACGUUACUAAAUAGUCUUUGAAUGCUCUAUUGAACUGUCGAUGCAUUGUUGCAUUGCCAAUGUUGGGGGGUGGCAAACCCGAAGCUUUCAGGAGCCAUGAAAAGAGAAACUAUUUUCAUUGUAUUAAAAAAUGGGAAAAGAAAGUGUAUUUUCUAAAACUGGUUUAAAAUCGCUCAGUCCAUGAACUUGUCUAGGUAAAAUAAGGUUCAUAUGCUUCCCCGUUUUUAAUCCUUGGUGGCUUCUUUAAAUUUUUUUUUUCCUUUUAACUAAGAAUCAGAUGAUCGCUUAGAAAUAUAAAAUUAAAAUUUGCAUGGGACUCCAAUAUGAAAUCUUGGCAAACUGCACAGUGCAUUUUAAGAUGGUGCAUCAGAUGUAUUAUGUGUAACAUGAUACACCAGCCGAAACGGGCAACGAACAGAUGUUUUUAUUUUGAUCAACCGAACUGCAUAUUCCAAGGUGAAAAAAAAAUUACUUAAGACUGGUUCACCAAGCACCUUAGAAAUCUGAUACUGGUCCUGGUCUGUAGGGAUUUCCCCCUCUGCCCCAUUUCCUUCCGAUUCAAACUCUUCUCUAAGAAAAAAAUGAUAACUGAAUGCAAUUCAUUGAUCCAUCUGCAGUGCUGCUAAGAUUCUCAACUGCAGAUGCGCCCAAUGGGUCUUUUCUCACCAGUCCUGCACCCUGAACCCCGGCCUCCAGAACUGGAUGUAAAACCUUAGCCUCCUUAUUGCAACAGAGCACAAAUGAAACUAAGUGUAAGCAUGUUUGAAUCUGAUCAUAAUUUCUUUUACAAUCGCAUGCCGAGAACGUUAACUCAGACAAUAGAGGAUAAGCUUACUUUGGAAUCGAUUCUUCUAAAAAUAGAUCCUUCUUCAUUUGCGUUCACCAAAAGUGCACUCCUUCAUUUAUUAACUAUUUUUAUUAGUAAAUAAAGUACUGUAUUUAAGUACCUAUGUUAGUCAGCUGGGAACAGUAACUUUUUGGAGCUCACAGCAUGUUCUCUUAUUCAGCAUUAUGGCCGAUUUGAUUAAGGUGUACCUUGAAUUAAUUAGUGCAUGAUUAAUUUAAUGUAAAAACAUUAAAAAAUAAUAAAAAUUAUAAGUUUGUGGGUU